UUUUCAUUUUCAUGGAUGAAUUUCACAUAUUGUCAUAUCUAGGAUUUACAUAUACAACAUAUAUUACUGUCAAGAGUGAUUUUAUUAUUAUUUGAAUAUUUAUAUUCAAUAUUUCGAUUUAUAAAAAGUCAAAGAUUCAAAAUUGGAAAAACAAGUAUUAGGUUACGCUAUACAUAUGAAAAAGAAUAUACAAUAAUGAUGUAUUUGGCGAAUCAAAUAUCAUGGUCUAAUAAAAAAUCAUUCUGAUUAGUUGAUAAUUUUGUGAAAGUUUCCUGUGAAAAAGGUUAAUUAAAUCUAUUCCUAAUUUAUGUCGAGUAAACCUUGUUGUUUUGUUUUAUUGCAUGAAUUCUAAAUUCAUGACUUGUAGGGAGGGACUUAUGUCACCACAAACAGAGACUAAAGCAAGUGUUGGAUUCAAAGCUGGUGUUAAAGAGUAUAAAUUGAAUUAUUAUACUCCUGAAUAUGAAACCAAGGAUACUGAUAUCUUGGCAGCAUUCCGAGUAACUCCUCAACCCGGAGUUCCACCUGAAGAAGCAGGGGCUGCGGUAGCUGCUGAAUCUUCUACUGGUACAUGGACAACUGUGUGGGCCGAUGGGCUUACCAGCCUUGACCGUUACAAAGGACGAUGCUACCACAUCGAGCCCGUUCCAGGAGAAGAAACUCAAUUUAUUGCGUAUGUAGCUUUCCCAUUAGACCUUUUUGAAGAAGGGUCUGUUACUAACAUGUUUACCUCAAUUGUAGGUAACGUAUUUGGGUUCAAAGCCCUGGCUGCUCUACGUCUAGAGGAUCUACGAAUCCCUCCGGCUUAUACUAAAACUUUCCAGGGACCACCUCAUGGUAUCCAAGUUGAAAGAGAUAAAUUGAACGCGUAUGGACGUCCCCUAUUAGGAUGUACUAUUAAACCUAAGUUGGGGUUAUCCGCGAAGAACUAUGGUAGAGCAGUUUAUGAAUGUCUACGUGGUGGACUUGAUUUUACCAAAGAUGAUGAGAAUGUGAACUCUCAACCAUUUAUGCGUUGGAGAGACAGUUUCUUAUUUUGUGCCGAAGCUAUUUAUAAAUCACAGGCUGAAACAGGUGAAAUCAAAGGACAUUAUUUGAAUGCUACUGCGGGUACAUGCGAAGAAAUGAUGAAAAGAGCUAUAUUUGCCAGAAAAUUGGGAGUUCCUAUCGUAAUGCAUGACUACUUAACAGGGGGAUUCACCACAAAUACUAAUUUGGCUCAUUAUUGCCGAGAUAAUGGCCUACUUCUUCACAUCCACCGUGCAAUGUACGCUGUUAUUGAUUGACAGAAGAUUCAUGGUAUUCACUUCGGUGUACUAGCUAAAGCUUUACGUCUAUCGGGUGGAGAUCAUGUUCACGCGGGUACAGUAGUAGGUAAACUUGAAGGAGACAGGGAGUCAACUUUGGGCUUUGUUGAUUUACUGCGCGAUGAUUAUGUUGAAAAAGACCGAAGUCGUGGUAUCUUUUUCACUCAAGAUUGGGUCUCACUACCAGGUGUUCUACCUGUGGCUUCAGGGGGUAUUCACGUUUGGCAUAUGCCUGCUUUGACCGAGAUCUUUGGAGAUGAUUCCGUACUACAAUUUGGUGGCGGAACUUUAGGCCACCCUUGGGGAAAUGCACCGGGUGCCGUAGCUAACCGAGUAGCUCUAGAAGCAUGUGUACAAGCUCGUAAUGAGGGACGUGAUCUUGCAGUCGAGGGUAAUGAAAUUAUCCGUGAGGCUUGCAAAUGGAGUCCUGAACUAGCUGCUGCUUGUGAAGUAUGGAAGGAGAUCACAUUUAACUUCCCAACCAUCGAUAAAUUAGAUGGCCAAGACUAGAAAUUAGAUUAGUAAUUCACGUCCGUUUUAUUAGUUUAAUUGCAAUUAAACUCGGCUCAAUCCUUUUAGUAAAAAAAGGAUUGAGCCGAGUUUAUCUAGUGUAUAUACUGUUUUUGAUAGAUACAUACUUAAUCUAGAUAUACAAAAUCUGAAAAAAAAAGAAGAUUAAACACAACUACACUUUUGUAUUGUAGUGUCCACAAGAAAUUCUAUACGAAAUAUGGAUUCUUAGGAUUUUUUUAUUCUUUUUUUAAGUUUCGUGUCAGGGCUUGAACCAAGUAUCCCCACUUCUUCUACCCAUUCUGCAUGUUGUCCUUUUCUUUUCAUUCCGUAUUGGAAUAAAAACUUUUUUUUUAUAUUAGUAUACGAGAUUUUACUAAAAAAGUUCUUCAUAUCGCUUAUAUUCAUAAGCGAAGAACAAAUAUUUCUUUUUUUUAAUGAGAAUUUUACACAAUAUAAGAAAAUCCUUAUUUUCAUUUAGAAUUGAAAUUUAUUAAUUUCAAUUGCUUUUACUUAAUAAUCUUAGCAAUUAGCAAUUGCAUUGACAUGCUUUGCUUACUCUGAAUAGAAAAUGAACUAUUCAAAUUUUUUUUUGCAUUUUUCAAUUUUUUCAUUGAAUGACUAUUCAUCUAUUGUUAUUUUAUUUUCAUGUAAAUAGAGGCCAGAAGCUCUAUGGAAAAAUCGUGGUUCAAUUUGAUGUUUUCUAAGGGAGAAUUGGAAUACAGAGGCGAGCUAAGUAAAGCAAUGGAUAGUUUUGCUCCUAUUGAAAAGACUACUAUAAGUAAAGACCGGUUUAUAUAUGAUAUGGAUAAAAACUUUUAUGGUUGGGGUGAGCGUUCUAGUUAUUACAAUAAUGUUGAUCUUUUAGUUAACUCCAAGGACAUUCGGAAUUUCAUAUCGGAUGACACCUUUUUUGUUAGGGAUAGUAAUAAAAAUAGUUAUUCUAUAUAUUUUGAUAUAAAAAAAGAAAAAAUUUGAGAUUAACAAUGAUUUGAGUGACCUAGAAAUUUUUUUUUAUAGUUAUUGUAGUUCUAGUUAUCUGAAUAAUAGAUCUAAAGGUGACAACGAUCUGCACUAUGAUCCUUACAUUAAGGAUACUAAAUAUAAUUGUAAUAAUCACAUUAAUAGUUGCAUUGACUCUUAUUUUCGUUCUCACAUCUGUAUUAAUAGUCACUUUUUAAGCGAUAGUAAUAAUUCCAAUGAAAGUUACAUUUAUAAUUUCAUUUGUAGUGAAAGUGGAAGUGGAAAGAUUCGUGAAAGCAAAAAUGACAAGAUAAGAACUAAUAGUAAUCGUAAUAAUUUAAUGAGUUCUAAGGAUUUCGAUAUAACUAAAAACUACAAUCAAUUGUGGAUUCAAUGCGACAAUUGUUAUGGAUUAAUGUAUAAGAAAGUCGAAAUGAAUGUUUGUGAAGAAUGUGGACAUUAUUUGAAAAUGACCAGUUCAGAGAGAAUUGAGCUUUCGAUUGAUCCGGGUACUUGGAAUCCUAUGGAUGAAGACAUGGUCUCUGCGGAUCCCAUUAAAUUUCAUUCGAGGGAGGAACCUUAUAAAAAGCGUAUUGCCUCUGCUCAAAAAAAGACAGGGUUGACUGACGCUAUUCAAACAGGUACAGGUCAAUUAAACGGUAUUCCGGUAGCUCUUGGGGUUAUGGAUUUUCAGUUUAUGGGGGGUAGUAUGGGAUCCGUAGUAGGCGAAAAAAUAACUCGUUUGAUCGAGUAUGCUACCAAUCAAUGUUUACCUCUUAUUUUAGUGUGUUCUUCCGGAGGAGCACGAAUGCAAGAAGGAAGUUUAAGUUUGAUGCAAAUGGCUAAAAUUUCUUCGGUUUUAUGUGAUUAUCAAUCAAGUAAAAAGUUAUUCUAUAUAUCAAUUCUUACAUCUCCUACUACCGGUGGGGUGACAGCAAGUUUUGGUAUGUUGGGGGAUAUCAUUAUUGCCGAACCCUAUGCCUAUAUUGCAUUUGCGGGUAAAAGAGUAAUUGAACAAACAUUGAAAAAAGCCGUGCCUGAAGGUUCACAAGCAGCUGAAUCUUUAUUACGUAAGGGCUUAUUGGAUGCAAUUGUACCACGUAAUCCUUUAAAAGGUGUUGUGAGUGAGUUAUUUCAGCUCCAUGCUUUUUUUCCUUUGAACAAAAAUGAAAUCAAAUAAAACAGUUAGUUUAUCAUAAUUAAACGAAAACCCUGAAAAAUUCAUUUUUCUUUAGAAUCAUUUUUUUAUCGAUAUUCUUGUUUACUACUCAGUAAACCUUUAUCAACAAGAUAAAAAGUGAAUUUUUGCUUUCGGGAAGUUCAAAUUCGACUAGAAAAAUAAAACAAAGUUUUUUUCCUCUCUUGCUUGCAUAUGGAUAGAUAAUUCAAAUAGAGAUAUAGAUCUAUAGAGAGUCUUGCAUCGUUUUGCAUUUCCCGAAAAUUCCCUGUUGGUGGAUCAGAUUCCAAUCAAUUUUGUAUAAAAUUUUAAUGGAAUAAAAUUUUUUCUUUAUUAAUGACUAUUAGAAGACAAAAAGAACAAAAAGAAUAAUAAAUCUAACAGGGAGAUUAUGAUAAUACAUCUAUUUUAUUUUGAAAGAUUAAUAAGUCCAUUUAUUUAGUUUGGCAUUUCUUGUACCUAUUUUUUUAUUCUAUUUCUAGUAGGUUCUAUUAUUUCUAUUAGGUUGUAUAUUAGUAUUCGAUAUAUAUUUACUUAAAGAUACUUAGUAUAAUUAUAUAAUAUAUAUAAUAGAAAUAAUAAAACUACAAGAUAUUCUAAGAUAUCUUUAGAAUUCAGAAUAUAACAAUAACAGGUACAAAUAUUAAAUUGAGGUACCCCAUUUUAUGACAACUUUCAACAACUUACCCUCUAUUUUUGUGCCUUUAGUAGGCCUAGUCUUUCCGGCACUUGCAAUGGCUUCUUUAUUUCUUCAUAUUCAAAAAAAUAAGAUUUUUUAGAUCGGAUGAGACCGAAUCGUAUAACUCCCCUUUUUAUUUUAAAAACUUCGAUUUGAUAAGACCCAUUUGGUAGAAUAUUGUAUAACACAUAGAUUCCUACAAACAUAACUAAAAAAGUUUUUAUGCAUGUGUAAACGUAUUAUAUGGGGUAACUCAAUUUGCGCUCUUUUGAAAAAAUGGAUCAUCGUCGGACCGCUGGAUGAAAUUCAAGUCAAUGUAUUUAUUUGUAUGUAUAUAGUUAUAGGGGAUCAUAUAAAGGAAGGAGAUUUUAUUAUUUUAGAUAUAAACAAUUAUAUAAAUUAUUCCUAAAGUAAAGGUUCACAACAAAAUAGUUAUAGUUGAUGAGAGUUACUUUGAAAACAAAAAAAGGAAAGUCAUAUUUUCUCAAUUCCAAAAAAUUGUAUAACUGGAUCUAAUAUAUAUGAGUUGGCGAUCAGAAUCUCUAUGGAUAGAAUUUAUAACGGGGUCUCGAAAAACAAGUAAUUUCUGCUGGGCCUUUAUCCUAUUUUUAGGUUCAUUGGGAUUCUUAUUGGUUGGAACUUCCAGUUAUCUUGGUAAAAAUUUUAUAUCGUUAGUUGCAUCUCAGGAAAUCCUUUUUUUUCCACAAGGGAUUGUGAUGUCUUUCUAUGGGAUCGCGGGUCUCUUUAUUAGUUGCUAUUUGUGGUGCACUAUUUUGUGGAAUGUGGGUAGUGGUUAUGAUCUUUUCGACCGAAAAGAAGGGAUAGUACGGAUUUUUCGUUGGGGAUUUCCUGGAAAAAGCCGUCGCAUCUUUUUACGAUUCCUUAUGAAAGAUAUUCAGUCGAUCAGAAUCGAAGUUAAAGAGGGUGUUUCUGCCCGGCGUGUCCUUUAUAUGGAAAUUAGAGGUCAAGGGGCUAUUCCUUUAAUUCGUACUGAUGAGAAUUUUACUACACGAGAAAUUGAGCAAAAAGCUGCUGAAUUGGCUUACUUCUUGCGUGUACCAAUUGAAGUAUUUUGAAAUGAAUUCAUUUUUAAAGUUUAAAGACUAAAUCCUUUGGCAGUAGGAAGAAAAAACGAAAGAAUUGCUUUCUUUUUUUUCAAUUGAACAUUCAUCUAUUCUUUUAUGCUCGUUUUUUUUUAUAUAUUUGAUAGAAAAGAAAGGGAGUUUAUUCGUCUCGAAAAUAGAAUCAUAUUUUUUAUUUUAAAAAUUCAAAAAAGUUCUUUUAGUAUUGAUCGAAAAAAGGGGGAAUAACAUCCUGGAAAUACAAUUUUUUCUUUAUUCAAAUUGUAAGUGUAUUCUGAGUCUAUUUCUGUAUUCUUUCUAGAUUCAAAGCAAAGACUAAGUAUUGAAUCAAAAGAAAAAGAGAAAAGGGAUUAUAGGCUCAAUACAUUCUAUUUGAAUUAGAAUAGAAACUCAUGCUCGAUAGAAAUAGUAGAUCUAAUAGAAUCCACAAAUGCGGUAGGUUCAUUAACAAUUCACAGAUUCAAAA